AUUUAUUUUCGAAAACUCGUUUCGUUAUUAGUAUAUUUAUACUAAUACUUUCCAUUUUUAUAUGGUUUAACUUGUUUUACCAACUGAAUUUUACUAAUAUAAUAAAAAAAAACACAGUAGAAGUAAUUCAUGAGAACAUGUACGCGCUUUUGGUUGGAAUUGGUAUUAUAACGAUGCAUAUUUUAUCCGGUACACGAUUAUACAUGAUUCAAAACUUAUUAAAGAUUUCUUCCAUAUUAUCUGAAAAAGAUUUCAACGAUUUAGCGAGACGGAUUCACAAAAAGGACAUUCUUGGUUUCUUAUACAUCCUUAUUCAUUUACCAAAUUGUUUCAAGAGCAACAUCCAUGUGACUCUACGAAAUGUUACACAUCUGUAUAUAUUAUUGAUUAAUUUUUCAGUAGAUAUGUUUUACAUAAACUGUGUCUGGGUAUUAAAAGUUUGUUUUAAAAAAUUGAAUAAAUCAAUUCAUGAAUUAAAAAAGUUUCAAUUCGACAAUGAUCCACGAGUAGAGACAAUUGUGCACCAUGGGCAGAAAAAUUCUUUGUUGCUAAUAAAAUUAAAGCGUUUAGAGGAAAAACAUUUAGAGAUCAGCGAUGUCGUUGAAUUGGUGAACGAUACAUUUAUGAUACAUAUUAUAGUUUUGGUUAUCACGACGUUUACCACAAUCACUUUCAAUCUGUAUUUCUUCUUACUUAAAAUAUAUUCACCUGAAACUGAAAACAUUAAGUUUUGGUUCAUACCGAAUAUUGCUCCAGCAUUUUAUUUUUUCAUUAAAUUUGCGAUGAUAAUUUGGAUCUGCGAGUCAACAACGAACGAGGCGAAGAAGAUUAAAUGGACCCUUUAUGAUACUUUUAGCGAUACGACUGAUCCAAUGGUGAGACGCGAGGUACACCUUUUUUCUUUGCAAAUAAUGCACAGGAAUAACAAAUUCACAGCAAAAACAUUCGAUAUGAACAGUGUGCUGUUGGGACAGGUAAAAUGAACAUCAGUUAUAAAAGAUCAAUUUAUUAAACGCAAUAUCAAAAUCAUACGUAUUUUUGUAGAUUGCGAAGGGAAUUCUAAUAUACAUUUUGAUUUUGUUUCAAUUUUUAUUAAAUUAUCGUCUGUGUUCUUAAUCGAAAGAGCAAGAUGUUCGAAAGAACGUUAUUCUGGGUAAUAUGUGUGUUCUUUUCAUCGAUCUUUUGGCA